CAACGGAGUUCACGCUCGGCCGGCUUGGUUCUGUCAAGCCCACCGGCCUUCCCCUCCGUGCCAAGAUGGCGGCAGAAGCAGCUGGUGGCAAGUACAGAAGCACAGUCAGCAAAAGCAAAGACCCUUCGGGGCUGCUCAUCUCUGUGAUCAGGACUUUGUCUACCAGUGAUGAUGUUGAAGACAGAGAAAAUGAGAAGGGUCGCCUUGAAGAGGCCUAUGAGAAAUGUGACCGUGACCUGGAUGAACUAAUUGUGCAACACUACACAGAACUGACGACAGCCAUUCGCACAUACCAGAGCAUCACAGAGCGCAUCACCAACUCCCGAAAUAAAAUAAAACAGGUAAAAGAGAAUCUUCUUUCGUGCAAGAUGUUACUGCACUGCAAACGAGAUGAACUUCGGAAACUGUGGAUUGAAGGAAUUGAACACAAGCAUGUCCUGAACCUGCUAGAUGAAAUCGAGAACAUCAAGCAAGUACCUCAAAAACUGGAACAGUGCAUGGUCAGCAAGCACUAUCUCAGUGCCACUGACAUGCUGGUAUCAGCAGUAGAGUCUUUGGAGGGUCCCCUGCUUCAGGUAGAAGGACUGAGUGACCUCAGGCUGGAGCUUCACAGUAAGAAGAUGAACCUCCAUUUGGUUCUCAUAGAUGAGCUGCACAGGCACCUGUACAUCAAGUCCACCAGCCGAGUUGUGCAGCGAAACAAGGAAAAAGGGAAAAUGAGCUCCCACGUGAAAGAUGCUUCUCCUGGUCCUCUGAUCGAUGUUACAAACCUCCCUACUCCACGCAAAUUCCUUGAUGCUACUCAAUACUCUACUCCCGGAAGCUCAAGUGUGAAGGAGAUAAACCUGCAGGAUCUCAAGGAGGAUUUGGAAUUGGAUCCAGAGGAGAACAGUACCCUUUUUAUGGGUAUCCUCAUAAAGGGGCUGGCCAAACUGAAGAAGAUACCAGAGACGGUGAAGGCUAUCAAGGAGCGCUUAGAGCAGGAGUUAAAGCAAAUUGUGAAGAGGUCUACCACCCAGGUGGCAGACAGUGGCUAUCAGAGGGGAGAGAACCUCACUGUGGAGAACCAGCCAAGAUUACUUCUAGAGCUGCUGGAGCUGCUGUUUGACAAAUUUAAUGCUGUAGCCACUGCACACUCUGUGGUCCUGGGAUACCUGCAGGACUCUGUCGGGAAUCCACCAACUCAACAGGAAGAAAUCAAAUUGUAUGAUAUGGCAGAUGUGUGGGUGAAGAUCCAAGAUGUGCUACAGAUGCUGUUGACUGAGUACUUGGAUAUGAAGAAUACUCGCACUGCCUCUGAACCAUCAGCUCAAUUAAGCUAUGCCAGUUCUGGACGAGAGUUUGCAGCCUUUUUUGCCAAGAAGAAACCUCAAAGACCGAAAAAUUCCCUUUUCAAGUUUGAAUCGUCCUCUCAUGCUAUCAGUAUGAGUGCCUAUUUGCGGGAGCAGAGAAGGGAACUCUAUAGUCGGAGUGGAGAACUUCAAGGUAGGUAAUGGGCCUUCUCUGAAAAUAUUAA